GAGGCGGGCGCGCCGCGCCUGGAGCCGCUCUCCGCCGCCUGCCUCUACGUGGGGGACAUCGCGGACCUGCCCAACGCCUCGGUGGCCAUCAGCAACUGCGACGGGCUGGCUGGCAUGAUUCGCACAGACAAGGACGAGUUCUUCAUCGAACCUCUAGAGAAGGGGACUUGGGAGGAGGAGGAAGGCGGCAGAACGCAUGUUGUGUAUCGCAGAACAACUGCCAAGAGGCCGCUUCCCAGUGAGAACACCAAUAUCCAGCAUAAAGGGGCAGACCUGAGUAAUUUGGAUUAUCUUGACAGUAUGUUAAACCUUCUUGAAAAUCGGGUUAAUAACUCCAGAAGGAGGCAUCGGAGGCACGCGACCGAUGAUGACUACAACAUUGAAGUUCUGCUAGGAGUUGACGACUCGGUUGUACAGUUCCAUGGCAAAGAACAUGUGCAGAAGUAUCUCCUGACCCUGAUGAAUAUUGUUAAUGAAAUCUACCACGAUGAAUCCUUAGGUGCUCACAUUAACGUUGUCUUGGUGAGGAUAAUCCUGCUGAGCUACGGGAAAUCCAUGAGCUUAAUAGAGAUUGGGAACCCUUCUCAGAGUUUGGAGAACGUAUGUCGCUGGGCCUAUCUGCAACAGAAGCCUGACACUGGACAUGCAGAAUAUCACGACCACGCUAUUUUUCUCACACGACAGGAUUUUGGUCCAUCUGGCAUGCAAGGUUACGCUCCAGUUACUGGAAUGUGUCAUCCCGUACGAAGCUGCACCCUCAACCAUGAAGAUGGUUUUUCCUCUGCCUUUGUGGUGGCCCAUGAAACUGGACAUGUAUUAGGCAUGGAGCAUGACGGCCAGGGGAACAGGUGCGGUGAUGAAGUCCGGCUGGGGAGCAUCAUGGCCCCCCUCGUGCAGGCUGCGUUCCAUCGCUUCCACUGGUCUCGUUGUAGCCAACAAGAGCUAAACCGCUAUCUGCACUCUUACGAUUGUCUGCGUGAUGAUCCCUUUGAACACGACUGGCCGUCCCUGCCCCAGCUGCCAGGAAUUCACUACUCCAUGAAUGAGCAGUGCCGGUUUGAUUUUGGGUUGGGCUACAUGAUGUGCACGGCUUUCCGUACGUUCGAUCCCUGCAAGCAGCUGUGGUGCAGCCAUCCCGAUAACCCCUACUUCUGCAAGACGAAGAAGGGACCUCCGCUGGAUGGCACAAUGUGUGCUCCUGGGAAGCAUUGCUUUAAAGGCCACUGCAUCUGGUUAACUCCAGAUAUCCUGAAGCAGGAUGGGAACUGGGGAGCCUGGAGUAAGUUUGGCUCCUGUUCCCGGACUUGCGGCACAGGGGUGAAGUACAGGACCCGGCAGUGUGACAAUCCGCACCCAGCGAACGGAGGCCGCACGUGCGUGGGACCGAGCUACGAGUUCCAGCUCUGCAGCACCCAAGACUGUCCCAAGGACUUUGAAGAUUUCAGGGAGGAGCAGUGCAAGCAGUGGGAUCCCUACUUCGAAUAUCAGAACAGGAAACACCACUGGCUCCCGUAUGAGCAUGCUGACGCUAAAGAAAGGUGCCACCUGUACUGCGAGUCCAAGGAAACUGGGGAUGUUGUGUACAUGAAAAGAAUGGCGCACGAUGGGACUCGCUGCUCGUAUAAAGACUCCUACAGCAUCUGCGUGCGGGGGGAUUGUUUGAAAGUCGGCUGCGACAGGGUAAUAGGCUCCUCUAAGCAGGAAGAUAAGUGUGGUGUUUGUGGAGGAGAUAAUUCCCACUGCAAGGUGGUGAAAGGAACAUUUUCCAGGGCACCAAAGAAGCCAGGGCACCUCAAGAUGUUUGAAAUUCCUGCUGGUGCGAGGCAUUUACUUGUACAAGAAACAGAUGUCACUGUUCAUAACCUGGCAAUUAAGAAUCGGGAAACGGGGAAGUUCAUAUUAAGUGAAGACAACUACGUGCCAGAUUCGAAGGCCUUUAUUGACAUGGGCGUGGAGUGGGAAUACCGGAACGAUGAAGGCAGGGAGAUGGUACAGACCAUGGGGCCUUUGCGUAAUGGGAUAGUUAUUCUGGUGAUUCCACAUGGCGAUACCAAGAUCUCUUUGACUUACAAAUACAUGAUCCAUGAAGACUCCUUAAACGUAGAUAACAACAAUGUUUUGGAAGAUUCAGUCUCGUAUGAAUGGGCUCUGAAAAAAUGGUCCCAGUGCUCGAAACCCUGUGGAGGAGGUUAUCAGUUUACAAAAUACGGUUGCCGAAGGAAGACUGACCACAAGAUGGUUCACCGGAAUUACUGCGAACUGAUCCAGAAGCCAAAGCCUAUUCGCAGAGUGUGCAAUCUGCAGGAAUGCUCCCAGCCAAUAUGGGUUACAGGAGAGUGGGAGCCCUGCAGCAAAAGCUGUGGAAAAAAUGGCUAUCAAGUCCGUUCUGUACGGUGCAUCCAACCGCUGCACGACAACACCAAUCGCUCUGUUCACACCAAAUACUGCAACAACGAUCGCCCGGAGGGCAGGAGGCCCUGCAAUCGAGAGCUCUGCCCUGCACAGUGGAGGAUAGGACCCUGGUCGCAGUGCUCAGUGACUUGUGGGAACGGCACGCAGGACCGCCAGGUUCUGUGCCGGACAAAAGACAAUGCCAUUGGCUUCUGCAAAGACGAUAAACCCGAGACUGUCAGGAUCUGCAGACUACCUCCCUGCCCCAGAAAUGUUUCUGAACUGUCAAAGAAAACCUACAUGAUACAAUGGCUGUCGAGACCAGAUCCGGACUAUCCCAUCCAGAAAAUCUCUUCAAAGGAGCGGUGCCAAGGCGACAAGUCCAUGUUCUGCCGUAUGGAGGUCCUCUCUCGGUACUGUUCAAUUCCUGGUUACAAUAAGCUCUGCUGCAAGUCCUGUAACCUGUAUAACAACGUAACGGAGGACAGCAACGUAACCGAUUCCAGCGUCGAUAAAACGAACGUCAUAGAGGAGGAGUUCCUGUCUACCCUCGCCACUCCCAUCGCACAGCCCACGGCCAGUCCUCUUCCUGUCCCCAAAUCCACGGGCACGGCCGCACCUUCCAAUACAACUGACGACCACCCGGAAAUUAAUGCGGUAGAUGUGCCCUAUAAAAUUGUCGGGCUGGAUAACGACGUCUCUCAACAUAACAUCAUCACGCGAAGGAGACUGCCUUAUGAAAGGACAAGGAACCAAAGAAUUCAAGAGCUGAUUGCUGAGAAGAGGAAAAAAGAGACUCUAAGGAAGAUAACUUAAAAUGGAAACGUGGCACAAACAACAUUUUUUUUCUCUUAUAGAGAUGUUACCAACAACCAUAGUAAUGCCCAUGUCAUAGAGACUAAAAAAAAAGAAAAAGAGUGGUGCUAUGGCAGAAAUGCCAGCCUCCAAAAUCUACGGGAAAUGGAGCGGUCAGAUUGUGUCAGAAAUGCUUUUAUAAACACAACGAUGGCAGGUUUACAGGGUGCUAUAGAGUAUUAAUGUCAUAUUGAUACAGUAUUUCACUGAAUCCAUACGAACCACGGUGCCUAGGUUAGGUCGGCAGGUUUAUUAACGGUCUCUGUUCAUCUCUCUGCGCGUGUGCGUAACCCCUGGGAGUGCAUUCAGCACGGAGAGCAGAUCCCAAUACCUACCACUGUCUCCACGAGUGGUCAAACAUCCAGAGCAAGACCUUUAAGCAUUGAUAAAUCAGGCAUGAAAUUCACCUCUGGUUCAGGACAGUACGCAAGGACACGCCUGACUUGAAGCACCAAACGGUCCCAUGGACUGUACUGAUACUACUCGUUUGGUUUCGGUUGGGCUUGUGCUUGUGUGUCCUUUCUUAAUUUGGACCUUUCCAUGGUCUGGGUAACACUAAAGAAAUGCCCAGACAUAACCAUGGGGAUUUUGCAUAUUCCCAUAAACAAGUGUUACGGGAUUUCUCUGAAAGUUUGAGACUAAACAUAUGCACCCAGCAUUUGGUUGGAUUUAUCCCGCGUAGACGGCCGGUGCCCUGGCACUUCUGUUUACAAGGAUUUUUAUUCUGUGGUCUUGAAUUCCUGUAACAACAGCCACAGUGGUCAGAGUUGGCAUGUCUUGGGUCUGCCUUUUACCCACACGCUCUUUAACUGAAAAUAACUGGAUUCUCAUUUCCUUUCCUUUUGGUGCUUUGUGAAGAAAAUGUAAUUUUAUUUGUUACAUUUUUUCCACAGUACUGUUUUAUCCUGGAGGAAAAUAUUUUGUAUUAUCAAGACUUCCUUAGGACAGCUCUGUUGUUGCCGAAGCGAACAACUGAUUUUUCGUUAUGCUUUCUUUAUACACACUGUAUCAGCCAGCAUAGAUCUUA